AAACGAGAAGGCCGGCCAGUAAGGGCGACGACUGGCUUAGGUCCACAAUCUAGUCGCCCAUUUUACGUCUAUGUGGACACGUCAUACGACAUGGUUUCCAAUGUAUAUCGAGGCAAGUCCGAGGAGGCGCUUAAGCAGGAGACCGUCAAACAUGUCAUCAUGGGCCUCACAACAGAGGAAGUCCGCCGGUAUGGGUACCUCAUGGACCGUCCCUUGGCGGAGGUCGAGGAAUUCAUUUCCAAGGAGCCAAAUUAAACCCGCACGCCUCCGGUUGGUAGCCGUCAACAGACAUGGCAGCCACGAGGAGGUCAGAGAUUCCAGCAUACAAGAGGCUCGAAGGUACGCUGAACCCUUUAAUCCCCACCAAAGCCACAGAGUGAUUUGUGUGUCAGUUUCAUGUCCUGCCAUCUAUGCGUCAUGA